AUGAAGGGACCAAUGAUGUUGAGCGAGAGCCAGGAGCUUCAACUCAUAGAAAAGGUUGACUUGAGAUUUGUUCUAGCUUCAUCAGAAGAUGCUUUGGAACGCAGCCUAGAUACUUUUUUUCCGGCAUUGUUGCUGAAGCUGGACUCGCCCCAUGGCUCAGCUAGGGUGGCGGUAUUCAACAGUAUUAAAAAUGUAAUGGGACGCAUAAGCUCGUUAACAAGCGUGAAGCUACCCGUAAAGAAGCUGAUAGUUCAAGCUAAGACCUGGAAACCUUCAGGUGAUCACUCAGAAAAUUCGGUGGGGUUAUACAGUCUUCUUUUUGCAUCGAAGGGUGUCGAUCGACUAUCCCCCGAAGAAAAGACAGAACUAAUUCCUGAAGGAAUAAAAGGAAUAUCUGCUCUCCCAGUCUCACUGAAACCUCGCAUGUUCCACAUCCUUUGCAAGCUACUUUUGAGCUGGAAGGCGCCUACAGAGAGUUCAGAAGAUUCUGCCAAGACAUUUUUAACAAUUGGCAGCGCUCUUGAUAGAUCAUAUCUGUUCCAAAAGUUUAGACAGUUCUUUUUCUUGAACCCUCUAAAGCCGGAACUAGGAUCAGCUGCUAUCCCUCGAGGUUACAGCUGUCCUGGUUUGAACGUUCAAGAAGUUGAAUUUUUCACUUUUAGUGCUGGUGUUAGCUUCACCCGUGAUAGCCUGUCGACUUACAAAAGAGCUAUUUUCACUUUCAUGACACGCGCCUUUGCCCUGGAAGAUCGGGCUCUCCUCGAAUUUCUUGUUGUUGUCUCGGCAGAUUCUACGGACCUAUCUGAUCAGGCUAUUGCACUAGUAAAGAAAUAUCAGGUUCCAUAUGAGGACCAGCAGUUUGUUGACACCCUCAUAGGGCUUUAUAUUGGAGAAAGGUUAACCAACAGACCACCUGUUGGUCGCGAGUUACAAGAGGUAAUAUUAUCGAUUUUAAUCAAAAGCGUCUGUGCAACCAAAAGCCCCGGAAAAGUCUCUCUUAUCUGUUCCAUGGGACUAAAUUCUACGCACUAUAAGUUGCGUUCUCUCUCUCUAACAUUUGUGCAGCAUGUGGCUAGACAUAAUUAUGAGGCCUUGACAUUCCAAGAUACACAGUCUGACUAUUCAGUGAAUAUUGCCUCUUUGAUACGCAAUAACUUGCAUGGCGAGGGUUGGCCUCAGUACCAGCUUAACUCUUCUGUUCCCAACUUCAAUAUUGGGCUCGAACAGCGCCGAAGACAGUAUGAAACGUUAGGUGUUGUUUUGAAGCAAGACCCUCAGCUUCUCAUGGAUUUCUCAUUUAUUGAGUUCCUUUUCGAUUCUCUAAAAAGUGAUCUCAGAGAAUUCAGGAAAAGCAUUCAAGAAACCUUGAACUCCCUGUGUGUGCACGUUGCCUGCUUACCAGAGGCAUCAAAAUUCAAGCUUAGAACUCUAGCAAAAAAGUUGCUUGCUGACAACUUUGACGUGGUGUAUGGUGACAAAGAGGCUAUCGAUGCCCUCAUGUACUGUCGGGCAGUGGCAAUUAAAUUUGUAAAUUCUGCGUUUCCUUUUGAUGACAGUGAGGCUAGACUGCUAAAUGUAAUGGGGCUUUUCAGAGAAAAUAGACAUGAUAUCAGAGAAGAGUCGACGAAAGGUCUUCAUCCUUAUUGGUUUAAAAUGACACAAUGCAUAAACAGAUCAAAGACCGGAGUGCUCGAAGAUUUCAAAUCUCCGAGUACUAAUGAGGUCAUUUUCCCAGACGUUCGGAGUUUGAUGGAUUUGUUUCAGUCUCAAAUGGAGCAUUCAACGGAUGUCAAGACAAGCGCUUUGUUCCAAAGUUUUGACUACGGUGCAAACUUUGUGUUUCAAACCUUAAUAAGUCAGGCAAUCGUUGGAAAGAAGUCCAGUGUACUUCAAGAUGAAUUCUGGCAUCUUCGGGUUGCGCAUGCUAUCCAGUCGGACAGUAAUGUCCGUUCACUGGUCGAGAGUGAAGUUUUAAGUUUGGAUUCAAACGUCCUCUCAACAUUUACCCACAUGUUGUUGAGUCAUUUCGUGGGAAGAGAAAGUAGGUCUGAGAAUAAUUCCGUGAACAACGAAACGUUUUCUAUGGGGUUUGUUUCUCUUUUCUUUGCAAGUUACAUGAAUCAUAGCAUGCUUCAAAAGAUGAGUGACUUUCUCCCAAAACUGUUUGAACUCUUGCAUCGGUAUCUCUUACUUUCGGAAGCUGACAUAGAAUGCGCAGCAAAAAUUUAUGGAAUUAUUCAAUCAUCAAAUUUUAGUGAUGGUACUGCUUCUCGUAUGGCAGAAGCUACUCGUGUGCCAAUAGAGUCAGGAGACUUUGUACCCGCAAUCCUCACCUCAAGUUUCACUUUACCAUUACUGGGGCUUCAGGAAAAGGCACUAACAGCUGAAGAGGCUUUGCCGCUUAUUGAUAAGGUUAUUGUUUCCCUGGAAGUUACAGAUUUGAAGCCCAACGGUCUUAGAUGUUUAGACCCCAUUUUAAAGUUUGGCCUUCUAAGGCUUUUGAGUAAAGAAAAAAGAAAAGCUACUGUUCAAAGAGUUAUGAUAGCUCUGCGCAGAUAUCCUCUUAGAACGCAACCCACCAUUCAAGCAUGGUCUCAACUUUCUCUUUAUGCCGCUGAGUUCGGCUUUAUUGAUACCUUUUUCGACGCAUUGGAGGAGUCCCAUUUAUCGAAAGAGGUGGACGUUCUUUUCUUCGCUGGAGAGGGCAUGACCGUUCUUGCUGGUGGAUGGAACUCUUCCAUUCUUAGAGAUAAGGAAUACCUGAAAAAAAACGAGCUUGACUUUUUGACUAAUACGUUUGGUGAUACAAGUUCUGAACUCAUCAUUGGUAAACUGCUAGUUUUAUGUGAAGCCUCGAAACCUUCACUCCGUAAAGCAGCAUGUAUUUGGUUACUGUGUUUUGUCCAAUAUUUAGGGCACACUGAUUCAGUUCGUACUCAUGCACGGAAGAUCCAUGUCAGCUUUGCACGCUUCCUCGCAGAUAAUGACGAUCUCGUGCAGGACUCUGCUAGCAGAGGUCUUGGUUUAAUUUACGAUGUCAGCGACAAAGACCUGCAGGAAGAAAUGCUUAAAGGGCUUUUUAAAUUCUUCAUCGACCCUAAAGCUGCGCUGGAUAUGAGUUCCGGUACCAUUUCUUCAGAAUCGCAAUUAUUUGAGCCCGGUACAAUGAAUACAGGAGAAGGGUCUAUUUCUACUUACAAAGAUCUUCUCAGUCUUGCCAGUGAAGCUGGCGACCCAUCGUUGGUUUACAAGUUUCUCCCACUUGCCAGGAACACGGCUUUAUGGUCUUCAAGAAAAGGCGUUGCAUUCGGGCUUACAUCUAUAUUUUCGAAGUCGUCUGUUGACGAGUUUUUGCGCAGUACCCCCCAUGCAUCUCAAAAGCUUAUACCUUUACUUUACAGAUAUAGGUUUGAUCCCUUCAAAAAUGUUUCAGAGGCAAUGAAUGGCAUUUGGAAUGCCCUGGUUGAUAACACAUCUGCCACAAUAACGGAAUACUUUGAUGAAAUACUGAACAGCAUUUUACAGGGAAUAGGUGGUAAAGAUUGGAGGGUUCGAGAGGCAAGCACCACUGCAUUGAUAGAUUUAUUGGAGAUCACGAAUGAAAAGCAAUACCAGGAUAAAUUAGAGGAAAUAUGGACAAUGGCAUUUCGGGCCAUGGAUGACAUAAAAGAGAGUGUGCGUUCUGCCGGUAUAAAGGUCACAAAGAUUCUUUCCAAGAUUUUGGUACGCUCUGUGAAACACGACGACAUUAAUGGAAAAUCAUCGCAGCCAAUCUUGGAGAAACUUAUCCCGUUCUUCCUCGGACACAAGGGCCUCAAUAGUGAUGCUGAAGAAAUAAGAGCAUUUUCGCUAGAGACCUUGCUUGUACUUAUAAAAGAGGCAAGUUCUGCGGUCCGCUCAUUUGCUCCAUCACUCAUUUACGAAUUCCUGCUUCUUUUGUCCCCGCUUGAACCGCAGGUUGUGAACUAUUUGACAAUGAACGCCGAAAAGUACAACCUCAAUACCUCCGAUGUCAACGCACAGAGAGCUCUUGGUGUUCAGCAGUCUCCUAUAAUGAGGUCCAUUGAGACUUUAGUGGGUAAUUGUGACACUGGCUUGCUUCCUUCGGUUGUUGACAAGGUGAUUAAAGCUUCAAAGAAAUCCGUGGGUCUCCCUUCCAAAAUCGGAUCAUCCAAAGUUAUAUCACUAUUGGUCCUACAGAAUCCUACUAGUCUUUCAGAAUUUGGUUCCAAGUUACUAAAAACAUGCUUCUCUGGUCUCAAUGAUCGGAGCUUUACGGUAUCUGAGGCGUACACCGUCUCUUUUGGACGGGUUUGUAAAGUGUGCAAGCCCGGGAAAGUGGGAAAAUAUGCAGGAAAACUUACAGAGAAAUAUUUCAAUUCUGAGGACAGCAGUUCAAGGGUUAUAGCUGGGAUGGCGAUUAUGUCGAUGUUCAAAUAUUCUACUGAAAUGUUCCAGAAUGUGGAAUCGGCGCUUCUGCCUCUGGUUUUUAUUGGUAUGCAUGAUAGUGACGAUGUGGCAGAAACCUAUACAAAAAUCUGGAACGAAUCGACGUCCUCGAGUUCAGGAACCGUAAACCUCUAUUUGGAAGAGAUUAUUAGCCUGGCGGCUCAACGUCUUAAGUCUAACAAUUUCAACAUCAAGAUAACAUGCGCUAAGAGCGUUUGUGAGGCUUGUGCUCAAGCAAGCGUUGAAACCCCGCUCAACACCAUUCCGCAACUUUUUAAAGUGAUCCUGGAAACAACUCAAGGGCGAGCGUGGCAAGGUAAGGAGACGGUAGUAGAAACGCUUGUGGUUCUCGCAAGAAAGUUCAAACCCUUUUAUCUGAAUAGUACGGCGAUUCGCAGUUCUGUUGAAAGCAGGCUUAUAAAUGAAAUAUCGCGCACUAAUUUUGGUUAUGUCCGUGAUGUAAUUUUCACUUCACUCUCUUACAGCGCUGACUUUUGGAGUCCGGCUCUUCAUGAAAAGAACCUUGAAGUGGCGAUGCACAUAAUCGAGAGAAUAGAUAACGGGGCUGAUGAAACUGCCUCUGACGAAAAUUUGGAUGAAUCAAACUACAAGAAACAACGGGUAUCCACUGACGUUAACCGCAAGUCCCGGAAGGAUAACGUGGCAAGCGAGGAAUACAAAAUUAAACUACUUAAAAAGGUUGUCCUACUGUACCGGAUGUCAGAUGAUGGCGACUUAUCUCAACGUACUCUUGAAGCUAUCACAAAGGCCUCCCUAAAUCUGUUCGAAUCCAGUAACAUAAUUUUUACCUGGAGGAGUCAAAUCGCAGUGUGUGAGCUGGGCUCUGCUAUUUUAGAGAGGGCGCCUCAAGGGUUGACCGAAGGUGAGCAGACUUGCUUAAAAGAACUGUGGACCAAAUCGUUUGCACAGGCAAGCAGCCCAGAGUCUAUUGAAAACGUGAAGAUACAAUGCGUUAGGUUUGGGAAAAGCUUGCUAGAGAAGAAGGUUAAUUUUUGGUUUAUUGUGGAAAACGAUCUGCGGCGUUUGAUGCACCUUGACCCCUCUCCUGUGGUAUCAGUAGAGUUGAAAAAUGCUGGUGUGGUUUAG